CGUCGGUUUCCUCCUAAGACAGAGCGACGAGACAGUCCCAGUUCGAUCCAUUCAGUCGGCUAGAAUCAUGGCGUCCGCCAGUACGGGGGGCAGAGUGUCCUGCGGGAGAGAUUUGAAUUGCGUGCCCGAGAUAGCCGACACGUUAGCUGCGGUCGCCAAACUCGGGUUUGACUUCCUCUGCAUGCCGCUGUUCCACUCGAGGUUCACGAGAGAGUUUGAGUUAGAUCCCGCUAAAUCCCGAAUCGGUGCCCAGACCCGGUCAGACCUGCUGCUGUGUGGAAGAGACUGGAAUACACUAAUUGUUGGGAAGCUCUCGCCAUGGAUCGACGCAGAUGCAGAAAUCCAGACAGAACGCAGAAACUCUGAGGCUGCUCUGGCACAGGAGCUAAACUUCUCAGCCUACCUGGGUCUGCCUGUCUUCAUGAUCCCACUGAAGGGCCCCUCUAAUGCCAAUCUAGCUCGCGUGCUGCUAAAUCACAUCCACACUGGACACCACACCUCAAAUUUCUGGAUACGUGUCCCGCUGUUGGCUUCAGAGGACAUGCGGGAAGAUCUGAUUGAGAAUGAACCAAUCACCUGCAUUGACGACACAAGCGUUGAUGAGAAGACCUGGAGCUGGUGGCACUCAUUUAGAACCCUUUGUGAUUACAACAAGAGGAUCUGUCUUGCCAUUGAAGUCGGAGCAGACAUGCCGUCAGACGCUGUGAUCGAUAAGUGGCUCGGGGAACCAAUCAAAGCAGCCAUACUUCCCACCAGCAUCUUCCUAACUAAUAAGAAGGGCUUCCCUGUUUUGUCAAAAGCCCAUCAGCGUAUAAUCUUCUCUCUCUUCAAGCUGGAAGCCCAGUUCAUCUUCACAGGAACCAGUCGCCACACUGAGAAGGACUUCCGAUCCUACCUGCAGUACCUGGAAUACCUCAACCAGAACCGGCCCGCUCCCAAUGCCUACGAGCUCUUUGCCAAAGGCUAUGAAGACUACCUGCAGUCUCCCCUCCAGCCACUCAUGGAUAACCUGGAGUCUCAGACCUAUGAAGUGUUUGAAAAGGAUCCUAUUAAAUAUUCACAGUACCAACAGGCUGUAUACAAAUGUCUACUUGACAGAGUUCCAGAAGAGCAGAAGGACACAAAUGUUCAGGUGCUCAUGGUGUUGGGAGCAGGUAGAGGUCCGUUGGUCAAUGCAUCCCUACGAGCUGCCAGGCAGGCUGACAGGAAGCUGAAGGUGUACGCUGUGGAGAAAAAUCCCAAUGCUGUAAUCACGCUGGAGAACUGGCGCUUUGAGGAGUGGGGGGAUCAGGUGACAGUGGUGUCAUGUGACAUGCGGGAGUGGGCAGCACCUGAGAAGGCCGACAUCAUUGUCAGCGAGCUGCUUGGAUCGUUUGGUGACAACGAACUUUCACCUGAGUGCUUAGAUGGAGCGCAGCACUUCCUCAAAGAUGAUGGAGUGAGCAUCCCCUGUUCCUACACAUCCUUCCUGGCUCCCCUGUCCUCUUCAAAGCUUUACAACGAAGUAAGGGGGUGCCGGGAACGUGACAAGGAUCCAGAGUGCCAUUUUGAGACGCCCUAUGUGGUGCGCCUCCAUAACUUCCACCAAUUGGCUGAGCCCAAACCGUGCUUCACCUUCAAACACCCUACAAAAGAUAUGAACAAUAACCGGUAUCAGUGCCUCAAGUUCACAGUGGGUUGUAACUCUGUGCUCCAUGGGUUUGCUGGCUACUUUGAGACCACACUGUACAAAGAUGUGACACUCAGUAAGUCAAUUUAUAAAGAGGAAGUCACGUUGUGCUAUAAUUGGAUCUAUAUAUUAAUGAUUAUGGUGUGUGUGUGUGUGUGUGUGUGUGUGGCAGGUAUAAAACCAGAAACGCAUUCACCUGGAAUGUUCUCCUGGUUCCCCAUCCUCUUCCCCCUCAAACAACCCAUCUCCAUAUCUCGUGAUGAUGAUGUCACAGUGCGAUUCUGGCGCUGCAACAAUGGGAAGAAGGUGUGGUAUGAAUGGGCUGUGACCGAGCCCGCCUGCUCUGCCAUCCACAAUCCGGCAGGACGCUCCUACACUAUUGGCCUCUGAAGAUGUCACACCCGCCAGCAGGCCCACACACACGUUUCUGUAAGACUCGGUGAUGGUUAAAGUGGAGGUGGCCUGGCUCCUUUUUAUAUACGUGGUUAAAACCUGGACUUGUGGUGCAAAACCCUCAAAGCGCCCUCUGGCUUUCAAACUGACCAGUGAUAGGCACUCUCAAGCCGGCAAUGGAAAAGUUGAUUGGAUACACCAGAUUUUACAGCCUGUGUUUUUUUUUUUAAGUCUGCUUCAGCGGGGAUGGACUAUCACCUGCACACAAAGUGUAUUGUUGCUGUGAGAUUGGCUCGUUCACAUUAGGUCAAACACCUCUCUGCUGUUGUUUUGUUGUUGUUUUUGUUUUUUUGUUUUUUUUUAAUCGUCUCCUGUCCCUUCUCCCACUGUUCUGAACCGACAUACACAAUCUAACCAGACCUUUGCCUUAUCAAACACACAUUCCAUACUGAUACUUACACAAGGUUGCAAAUAUGCUUUUCGUAAAAUGGCAGCGGUUUUUCAUGUUUAUUCAUCCAAUAAGAUCGAACAAAUGUUCUUGAUUUCUGAUUCAAGAGGGUUGGGGUAAGGGACUGGAUUGGGCUAUAAGGUGUUUGCUGUGAUUGGAUGAUUCCAUUGCUGUCCUAGGAAAGAAAAAAACAUAUUGCACAAGGGAUAUGCUAUUCAGGUCACAUACCAUACUGUUUUGGGGGCUUCCUCUUCAUACCUUUAUUUUGUUUCUGUAUGUUUGAACCAAGUCAAUAAAGACGACACUGAAAUGUCCUCCAAA